AUGAAAAAGAAAUCAGUCCAACCCCAUGUCAGACGAUCAAAUUAUGAAGGAAUUCGAAGAAUCCUUAAUUCUCGAAGAAAAGGAAGAGGAAAAGACCAUCGGAAAGUUGUUAGAAACUUUGACCAAUCAAGUAACGGAACUAAUGGAGAAUGCCAAAAGGCUAGAAAAGAAAGAAAGAGAGAAACCAAAGAAAGAUCAAAGGCCUUGUGA